GUAGGUGGUGGUGGUGUUGGUGGGAGCUGCGGACGCUACCAUCAGGAGGGAGCCUGAGUGUGCCCCGCCUAAGCCCCUCCCUAUGAAAAGAGGGAGUGUGUGUGCGUGUGUGUGGGAGGAAGGGAAGGGAGGGGAGUGGAGGGUGGAUGAGUUGUGAGGUCGGGUCCUAAUCUCUCCGUAUCUGCCUCGCCACUCGCUGGAUGAGUUGCUGCCGCUUUCUCACUUUCCUUCCUUCCUCGGGCUCUCUCUGCUAUUGAAGGGAUUUUAUCUUGACAAGUCGGAGGAAAGCAAAGAGAAGUACCUCCUGUGCCAGAUCAGCAGUAUUUCCUGAAACCUCUUAGGCCAAGUGCAGACGGACUCUAGUUUGUCUGAACCCGGUGAACCCCGAGUCUGGAUAGCCCUAUCCUGCAGAAGAACGCACUGUAUCCGCACACUGUAUCCGCACUCCCUCGAAUCGGGGGUCCAAAAUUCAGCAUGUGGCCUUCUGAAGAGGUGAAGAGGAGUUAGUCUGCAGUCAAGAGUGGGCCAUCUAUAGCCAUCAGCGAAAGCCAGAUAACCCACUGCAGGGAGAAGAAGACAUUGAUAGUCUAUAGCUAACAGUCAGUGGGUCUUACUGAAAUAUUUGUAGCAUAACGUGUUCGAGAUAUAAAAGCAACAAACUGGAGAGAGACUAAAGGAGGAGGGGUUUAGAGGUGCUGAUGCUGAUGCUGAUCUAGCCCACCACAGCUCCUCCGUGUUACUCUGUCAGUUCCCGUAGCCACUGGCCGCACAGCUCAGCUUCCCUUAAAAAUGGCUGACCCCUACCAAAACAAUGUGUAUCACCAAGGCGACGGUGAGGGUUACCAGACCUACGGAGAAGGGGGCCAAGAUGGCUAUGCCUACCAGGGCGAAUACCCCCAGGAGGAGGACGCAGCUAGCGACGCGACUGAGGGGCACGAUGAGGAGGACCAGAUGUACGAGGGUGAGUACCAGGGCAUCCCACACCCAGACGAGGUGAAGGCGGCGCGGCGGGCGGCCAGGGCCAGGGCGCGGGCGACGGCGGACGCCGUCUCAGAGCAGGAGGAGCUGGCCGAGCAGUACGAGGACAUCAUGGAGGACUGCGCGCACGGCCGCUUCCAGUGGACGCUCUUUAUAGUGCUUGGCCUGGCGCUCAUGGGCGACGGUGUGGAGUGCUUCGUGGUCGGCUUCGUGCUGCCCAGCGCCGAGAAGGACAUGUGCCUGUCCAACUCAGAGAAAGGCAUGCUGGGUUUGAUAGUGUUCCUGGGGAUGAUGUUUGGUGCAUUCAUAUGGGGGGGUCUGGCUGAUAAAGUGGGUCGGAGGAAGUGUCUGAUCGUUGCUCUCGCCAUCCACUGCGUCUUCGCCUUUCUCUCAUCCUUUGCGCAAGGUUAUGGAUUCUUCCUCUUCUUCCGGCUCUUCUCUGGCUUUGGGAUCGGGGGCUCUGUGCCGAUCGUGUACUCAUACUUCUCGGAGUUCCUGCAGAUGGAUAAGCGCGGGGAGCAUCUGAGUUGGCUCUGCAUGUUCUGGAUGAUGGGGGGCAUCUAUGCCUCCUUCGCCGCCUGGGGCAUCAUCCCUCGCUACGGCUGGGGCUUCAGCAUGGGCACAGAGUUCUCGUUCCACAGCUGGAGGGUGUUUGUGCUGGUGUGUGCCCUCCCUGCCAUCACCUCCCUCAUCGGACUCACCUUCAUGCCAGAGAGCCCACGCUUCCUGCUGGAGAGUGGCAAACAUGACGAGGCAUGGAUGAUCCUGAAGCAGGUCCACGACACCAACUGGAGGGCCAAAGGGGAACCUGAGAGAGUGUUCACUGUGUCGCAGAUUAAGACCCCGAAGACCCAGGAGGAUGAGUUCAUCGAGAUCCAGAGUGCAACAGGAACAGCCUUCCAGAGAUGGGGCGUCCGCACUUUAACACUGACGAAGCUGGUGUUGAAGAACGUGGCAUCACUAGUGAGUAGUGAGCUGAGACUCAGUACUCUGAUGAUGGCCAUCAUCUGGUUCACCAUGGCCUUCAGUUACUAUGGGCUAUCAGUGUGGUUCCCCGACAUGAUCAAGCACCUACAAAAUGAGGAGUAUGAGUCCAAACAGAAGGUCUUCGUCGGGAAGAAGGUGGAGAACUUCCACUUCAACUUCUCACUGGAGAACCAGGUCCACAGGGACGGAGAGUACAUACGAGACAAGUUCAUCAACAUAGAGCUGAAGUCAGUGAAGUUUGAGGAUUCGCUGUUUGAAGACUGCACUUUUGAAGACAUCCGCUCCUCAGACACCUUAUUUGAGAACUGCACCAUCAGAAACACAUUGUUCUAUAACACAGACUUGUGGGAGGAGAAGUUUGUUGACUGCAGGAUGGAAAACUCAACCUUUGAGCACAACAAGAAGGGCUGUCACCUGAACUUUGAGGAGGAGAAUGAUGUGCUCAUCUACCUGGUCAGCUUCCUAGGGAGUCUGGCAGUGUUGCCAGGCAACAUCAUAUCAGCCCUGUUCAUGGAUAAGAUUGGGAGGAUCAAGCUGAUUGGUGGCUCAAUGUUAGUCUCUGCGGGAUGCACCUUUUUCCUGUUUCUGAGUUUCAGUCAGGCGGCCAUCAUCGCUUGGCAAUGCCUCUUCUGUGGGGUCAGUGUGGCCGCCUGGAACGGCAUCGAGGUCGUCACCGUGGAGCUCUACCCUACCUCCAAACGAGCCACAGCAUUCGGCGUCCUCAACGCUCUCUGCAAGCUGGCGGCCAUUCUGGGGAGCUCCAUCUUUGCCUCGUUCGUGGGCGUCACCAAAAUCGUCCCCAUCCUGCUCUCCUUCGCCGCACUGGUGUGUGGUGGCGUGGUGGCCCUCAAACUCCCCGAGACGCGGGAGAAGAUCCUGCUGUGAGGGACGCCGCUCCGGGGGAGGCCUCCACCAUUGGAGACGUACACGACCAUGCUGCUAAGGUUUUUAGCAAGAAUCCACCAAGCUUUACAAUCACCAGUCCAGGGAGAACCCUAAAUCCUGAUCUUGAUCCUUUGUACUAACACCAGUCAGGCUUCACCAGAGCUCCGUUCACCGCUCUUAUAAACAACUCUCACUGCUAAAUCACCUCUGUCUUACCCCAUUUUUCUUACCUUCUGGGACCAACUAAUAAUCCCCACCCCCCCCCCCGCCCCUUUCACCCCCCAGCCCCGUCAUAGCCAUGUACCUGAAGCUACAGGAUGAGAAAGAUCUAACGUUAUAUUUCUUAGUUGUUUAUACGUUGUACAACAUGAGAUGAUCAGAGGUGAAAUGUUCGCGAUGAAGUGUCUCGGCUUACCAUAAUCAGAAUAACCCAUCCGUUAUGUACAUCAUAAUUACACUAGUGCCAUUUUGGUAAAUCAGAGAGUGACGAACUCAGACUCCAAGUGUUUGUCUGUUUUUUUCCAGUCAUGCGCCCACCAAAUCACCCAGACUCCAUCUUUGUCCUCAUCACUUCAUCAUACAAACUCAUCCUUGCUAGCUUUGAAUUCCUAAAGUGUGUUUUCCUCCAUCAUCUACUACUAGGAAAUGUUCAUUGUGUGUUACCCUCUCUGUGUCUUAAUGAAAUGCUUAUGCAUAGUAUGGCACAACUGUUUCUCUCCAUGCUACUAGUCCUUGAAACCUAAGACACUGUGCUGGUAUGUCUGUAUGGCCACACACGGAUGAGAGUGUGAAUCCAUUCAUCACUGAAGAGGAUACAUAUAUCACAUGCAAAGUAACUUUAAGUUCAGUACUCAGACCUGUUAGUCCUCGGGCGGACAUACGUCUUUACAUCCUUCAGUAACCUCCUCUCCUAUCCCCAUUUUAUGUUUCAUAUGUACGUUUCACAUGGUGAUCUUGGGUGACACUAAGACGAGAGGGCGCAGUGUUUGUUUCAUUUUUGACUGUGGUCGCAAUGCCACUGAAGUAUCUUGGUUGUGACAGGCCGUGGUGGUAUUGGAGUGCAUCCUCGGCACACAUCGCUGCGCGUGGCUGUGGACUGAGUUGCAUGUGUGUUCCUUAUCAGGUGAUAUGUUAAUGUGUCUUCUUUUUUCUUCUUCUUCAGUGUUGUCCAGUUCCCAAAGCAGUCUGUCUGAAUGAUCUGUGCUGUGUGUCACUCUGUAAAUACAUGGGUCUGAUUGUUGUCUUAGAAAAAAAUGAAGAACACAACCUCUUUUGUUUAGACCUGAUGUUCAUAAGCUCUUCCUAUGUCAGCAGCCUUUGGGACAGUCUUCAGGAAAUAACUCAAGUAUAUAUUCCAGCAUUGUUGUAUGGCGUAGUUGACAUAAAAUCAUUCCAUUCCAAAGGCUUGGUUCACAUGAACAGCAUCAUUUCAGAAGCAGCAUUUUCAUCUAUUCUCUGGCAAAGCACCCUAAAUCGCCAAAACAAGCUUUUAUUAUCUAAAUGUCUUACAAGGGCAUACAAAGAAGUGUUCAGAUUGAUUUGCAUUAAGACAGAAAAAUACAUUUGAGAAAAUAAGUUAUUUGUCCAUUAUUAUUUGGAAGCCUGUGAGUUGGUUGGGCUCCUAUGACUGACGCUUACACAUUUUGGGCCCAACCAAAGUUGGCUAAACUAGAACUGUAGAGAAGUGAAUCCUUCGCUCUAAGACAGCUUUGCACUCAACAUUACACACACUAGAGUCACAACAUUGUCACCACAUGUACCUUUACAGAUGUCAGGCUCACACAAGACAUCUCCUUAGAUUAACACAUGAAAAUGUCACAUCAUCUACGUUUGUUUAAGAAAGCCUUUCCAAACUGCAGAGGCAGUGGAGUGGCAGGCAUUUUCAGAAGCAUGCGGCAUAUAAGAGAACUGUAUCAUCAAGCGGGACAGCUUAUGAAAUCAGGCCUAACUUUUCAUCCCUUCAAUUAGCUUGUGUCUGCAUUGUUGUGAGAAGAAAUAAAUUGUUUUUUUUUUUAAUGGAUAUCUACAGUAUAUGUGUGUAUAUUUUAAUUUACAGAAAAUGUCUAAGUGUCAAUGGAAUGGAAAAAUGUCCCUGUUUGUUCCCUUGUUCUGUUGGUUUUGUUUGUGACUGUAAAAUAAAGAAAUAAAUACAGACAUAAAAUGAAA